UUCUGCAAACGCAUAAGGGUUGUGAAAUUAAUCCAGUGGAGUAUGAAGGCUUUCGUCUCUUCCUUUUUGCUCUACACAGUCCUGUUGUGCAUCCAUCUAUGGCGUCCCGUCACUGCCAGUAGCAUGCAAAACGAAACAGAUCGACUUGCGUUGAUUGCUUUCAAGGAUGGAAUCACCCAGGAUCCACUUGGGAUGCUGAGUUCUUGGAAUGACUCGCUCCACUUUUGCCGGUGGUCAGGAGUGUAUUGCAGUCGCAGGCAUGUCCACAGAGUCACCAAAUUAAAUCUCUUUUCUUAUGGACUGGUGGGAUCCCUCUCACCCCAUAUCGGGAACCUCACCUUUCUUAGAACAAUAGUCCUCCAAAAUAACAGCUUCCAUGGCAAAGUGCCUUCUGAGAUCGGUGGUUUGUUCCGCCUACAAGUUCUUGUUCUUAGCAACAAUUCCUUUGAAGGAAAGGUCCCUACCAAUCUGACAUAUUGCUCAGAGCUUAGGGUCCUUAAUCUAAUCGACAACAAGCUUGAAGGCAAAAUCCCAGAAGAACUUGGCUCCCUCUCAAAAUUGAAAGCUCUGGGUCUCACUAGGAACAAUCUCACAGGAAAGAUCCCAGCUUCACUCGGGAACCUCUCAUCUCUCAGUCUUUUUUCUGCAAUGUACAACAGUCUGGAAGGAAGCAUUCCUGAGGAGAUUGGUAGAACAAGUAUAGAUUGGCUUCACUUAGGUUUCAACAGAUUAACAGGUACGAUUCCAUCUUCUCUGUACAAUCUCUCAAACAUGUAUUACUUCCUAGUUGGAGCUAACCAACUAGAGGGAAGCCUUAGUCAGGAUAUGGGUGUUGCCUUUCCUCAUCUCAGGAUGCUAGUUCUUGCAGAAAACCGAUUCACAGGGCCUGUUCCCGUUUCAUUAUCUAAUGCUUCAAUGCUUGAAGCUAUCUAUGCCCCUGAUAACAGUUUCACUGGGCCAGUACCACCAAAUUUGGGGAGGCUGCAAAAUCUUCGAGAUAUAACCAUGGGCUGGAAUCAGUUGGGUUCUGCCGGAGGAGAUGAUUUGAGCUUCAUUAAUUCUCUAGCAAACUGCACUUGGUUACAAAGAAUGUCUUUCAGCCGCAAUUUUCUCAAAGGUCCUUUGGUUAGCACAAUAGCUAAUUUCUCGACCCAAAUUUCUUUGAUAGAUCUGGGAAUCAACCAGAUUCAUGGAACAAUUCCUUCAGGAAUCAAGAACCUGGUAAAUCUAACAUUCUUGAACUUGGCUAGGAAUCAUCUCACCGGGAGCAUUCCUUCCAAUAUUGGAAAGCUCUAUAAAAUACAAGUACUACUUUUGCUUGGAAACAGACUCUCCGGAAUAAUACCAUCCUCACUCGGUAACUUAACCUUGUUGAAUAAUCUUGAUUUAAGCGGCAACAACUUGAUGGGAGAAAUACCUUCCAGUCUAGCAGCCUGUCAAAUCCUAGCACAAUUGAGACUUUCUAACAACAACCUUAAUGGUUCAAUCCCAACAGAACUUAUGGGUCAUUUCUCGCUUGUGGUCCUGCAAUUGGGUGGCAACGCCUUUACGGGUUCGCUGCCAUUGGAAGUUGGCCAUAUGAUUAACCUUGAAGUGUUAGAUGUCUCUGAAAGCAGAUUAUCAAGUGGUCUUCCAAACACUUUAGGUAACUGUGUGGUAAUGCGGGAUCUUCGACUUACUGGUAAUUUCUUUGAAGGAGAGAUUCCCACAUCGCUGCAAACUCUUCGAGGUUUAGAAUACUUGGAUCUUUCUCGCAACAAAUUUUCUGGUAGGAUCCCGAUGUUUCUUGGGGACCUUCCUUUCUUGACCUAUUUGAACUUGUCUUUCAAUGAACUUGAAGGAGAAGUACCCUCAGUCAAGGCCAAUGUCACAAUUUCAGUUGAAGGAAACUAUAAUCUUUGUGGAGGCGUUCCCAAGCUUCAUCUUCCCAUAUGUGUCACCUCAUCUACUGGCGAAAAGAGGAAGCGUCCUGCUGCCAAACUACUCGUUCCGGUAAUCAUUGGAAUUACAUCCUUGAGUUUGUUGGCUUUCUUCGUUAUUAUCCUUCUGAGAAGAAAAAAAUCGAGGAAUGAUGUCUCUUACACACAAUCAUUCAACAAUCAAUUCCUAAGAAUUUCAUUCGCAGACCUCCAUAAAGCUACUGAAGGCUUCUCCGAGUCCAAUAUGAUCGGUGUUGGGAGCUACGGUUCUGUGUAUAAAGGAAUCCUUGAUCAAAAUGGAACAGCUAUUGCAGUAAAGGUGUUCAAUCUUCCCCGAGGAGCUUCCAAGAGCUUUAUGUCCGAAUGCAAGGCCUUGAGAAAAAUCCGGCAUAAGAAUCUUGUCAAAGUCUUGAGUGCUUGCUCUAGCUUGGACUUUCAGGGUAAUGAUUUCAAGGCUCUUGUGUUUGAGUUGAUGCCACAAGGGAAUUUGGAUGGAUGGUUACAUCCAGAAGUAAGAGAGGAUGAACCCCAAAGGCUUACCCUUCUACAGAGACUGAAUAUCGCUAUUGACGUUGCUUCAGCACUGGAGUAUCUUCACACUCAAUGUGAUGACAUUAUUGUUCAUAAUGAUCUUAAGCCCAGCAAUGUUCUUCUUGACAAUGAUAUGAUGGGCCAUAUCGGUGAUUUUGGUAUUGCAAAGAUCACUUCUGUUGUUUUCAGCACUACAAUUGCUACUAGUGUUGGCACAGACCAAAAUACCUCGAAUGCAGUGAAAGGAUCCAUAGGCUACAUUGCUCCAGAAUAUGGUGUGAGUGGCAAGGUGUCCACUGAGGGAGAUGUGUAUAGUUAUGGAAUCCUUUUAUUGGAGAUGUUUACCGGAAGAAGACCAACUGAUAACAAGUUCCAAGAUGGUCAUACUCUUCAUAGCUUCGUGAAAACGUCUUUGCCUGAGCGAGUCAUGGAGGUCAUAGAUCAGCCUUUGCUUUUAGAGGCAGAUGAAAGAGGUAAAAUGAGGGAAUGCAUCAUUGCAGUAUUGCGAAUCGGCAUCACUUGUUCCAUGGAAUCACCAAAAGACCGAAUGGAGAUAGGUGACGCAGCCAAUAAAUUACACUCAAUCAAGAACCUCUUCUUAAGGGAGGCGGGUCAUGGAUAGGAAAAGGAGGAGGUGGAUACAGAGGAAGAAGGCACAUCAUACAUCUAGCAGUGCACGAAGGGAAAUUAACCAAAAGCUGCUGACCAGAAAAAUGAGUUUCAUUGUCACAUCUCUUUUUUGUUCUUCGUUUUUUAUUUUUCUGUGAUCUAUUGUCAUAAAGUUUCCUUUGCUUGCAAAACCAAAACCAAGUUCCAUGUUUGCUUUUCUCACAAUCAAGAUUGAAAUUCGGUUUUCAGUGAUAGAACACCUUUAGCUCGGGGGAUAUGGAAAUUGGGAACACUAAAGCAGUGUUUGAAUUGAAAUUGAAAUGUUGUUUUGUUGAGAAAAAAAAAGGCAACUUCAUACUAUGUAAUAUGUGUGUCUAUCUCA